ACUCGCAGUCGCACGCUUGUAAACCUCUAUGUUGUAAACAAACCAAAGGAAUUAUAAUUUUUAUUUAGGGAUUCAUUUCACGACAGUAGGCCUACUACCAGCUAAAGUAGAAACAUAAUGUCAAUCAAUAAAUAAGUGACCGUUAGCAGCUAUAUUGAGGCCAGCCAUGCCAGUCUCCAGCAAAAAAAAGCAAGGAAGAGACAGCGCGGUGCAGGGGACCAAUGACAGCAGUGCGGCUAGCAAGGUGUCUGCUGCUGCACAAGGGUACUUUAAAGAUGACUUUCUUAAAUAUUUUGUGUGCAAAGUGUCCAGACGAGCCCCUCUCAUUAACAGAGGCUACUACAUUCGGUGGAAAGCUGUUGACUACUGUGUAAGGCAGUUUCUGCAGUCGACACAGCAUUGCCUCUACAGGCAGAUUGUGUCCUUAGGGGCUGGCUUUGACUCCCUGUAUUUCCGUCUGCAUGGGGAAGGGGCUCUCCAAAAGUUGGUGGUAUUUGAACUGGAUGUUCCAGAUGUUGCCAGGCGCAAGGCUGCACUGAUAAAGGCUGACAUUUGCCUGAAGGAGGGUUUAGAAUUCCCAUCAGCCGGUCUUGCAGGUGUUCGACUGUAUCACACGGUAAAUAACAUCCCCGGUUGGGGCAACCUGGUCUAUGGUGGACGCUCCUCCCCACUCCACCCAAUCAGGAGCCUUCUUAAGGUGACAUGUGACCUGCCUGACCCCACAUCUCAUGAGAACAUGGCAACAGUGAGUCUGUCCUUAGAGGAGAUAACAUGCACUGGUAUCCUGCCACCACAAAGAUGGCGGCACACAGCAACCAUGCUGAGGUACAGAGUAGAGGGUAUCCCACCCGAAGCUCGCCUCUCCCACUCAGCGUGUCGAUAUAAGGAAGGGGUGGUGGUGUUUGGAGGACUAGGCAGAGGAGGGGUACCCCUGGGGGACACAACCUUUCUGAGGCCCACGACCACAGGCUUCUGCUGGGAGAGCCUGGCGGUCCACCCCCAGCCAGUCCCCAGAUAUUCUCACAAUGCACACGUGAUUGGUCAGCGGCUGGUGGUGGUGGGUGGGGUUUGGCUGCAGGCCGAAGGUGUUCCUGGUAUUGCAGUCAUAGACCUGAUCACAGGGAGCAGUAUGGAGUUUCAACUUGACACGAUGUCGGUGCCCUGGCCCCUCAUGCUGCAUUCAUUCGAGGAACCAACUCUGGCCCUGAUGUGUGGAGGAGGCAACUGUUUCUCCUUUGGUACCCAUCACAACCCUUGUCCGGUCAUAGUGGACCUCCGGCCAGCUUUGUGAGCCAAUCAGUACCAGGGGGCUUGGCUCUGUGAGAUAAUUAAG